GGCACUGCUGCCGUGUUCAGAGUUCAGUCAGAUGACAAUUUCCGGCGAAUUAGCCGGAAGUUGGGGCAAUGGCCGACAUGAGAAUGGACGAUGACCUGUUUGAUAGCAUUGUGUUUGCAGAAGAAAGGUUCCGAGAUGAAGGCUACCGGGAAGGUUUUGAGAAGGGGAGCCGCCGAGGGCUUCAGGACGGCCGCAGACACGGAGCUUGUCACGGGGCCCGGCUGUCCUGCGAGAUGUCCUUCUAUUACGGCUUUGCAAUCACGUGGAAAUGUGUCCUCCAAAACAGCAUAGAUGGCAAAUCAAGAAAGCGUGUGAAAGCACUGGAGACCCUCCUUGGAAUGAUCCAAAGCUCUCCUCUUGAUGAUCCACAGUCUCAGAAGCUACAGGAUGACAUGGACAAGCUUCGAGCUAAGUUCAGACAGGUCUGCUCUAUGCUCAGUGUCCCAGCUGACUUCAAGGAUUACAUCAGCGUGGCUGAAGGCACUUCAUUCUGAGUCUGUCUUGAUGGUGAACCAGACCCGACCCAGCAUCCAGACACAAGGUGGAAGCUGAUUUGAUGUCAGCCUUGAAUGCCCCAGCAGAUAUGGUCUGCAGUGGAUUCAUCUGAAUGCUGGGAGUGUGAGACGGUGACAGUGAGACAAGAAUUGUGUGAUCCUUCAUGAUGUAGAUAAGUCUGAGGAAAAUGUGCUGUCACUACAGACCCAGAAACGGGAAUUUGGGGGCAGUAAUUCUAUCAUGAUUUCCUACAAAUGGAUUUAUUGCAGUUUUUUAGUUGACUACAGAACUAAACAUCAGGACAGUAAGGCAGUGAAAGUUGUGUCCAUAAACAUGUAACAUUAGAUUUGAUAAAAUAAAUAAAAGAUUCUUUCAACUAGAUGGUUGCUUUAAGCAGCUGAUGAAGGAAGGUGAUAAAGUACAUUAAGGUGAGGUUUUGAGGAUGGAACAUUCUAUUGUGGAAAUCGGAUGAAUUCACAGAUAAAUUGUACAUCAGUGUUAAGAUCAGCUUGACCUUCAGUUUGUGUUUUUUAAUAACUGUUCUUACAGUUUUUGGACCAAGGCAUUCACUGAAUAAAAGUGCCCGCUGCAGCGUGUUGGUAUCAGCAGCUGCACGCUACAGUCGUUUAGAAAGGAGGAACAUAGAGGGUAUGUUACUGAAGUAAAUACUGUGGUUUAUGACUGAUAUGGACUCUUAAACUGAAAUUAAUAUUGAGGUGAGUUGAUUUGCCUUUUUACGGUCACUAAAAGUGGAAAUGAAACACUAAAUGUAUAAAGCCUAACUUGCAUCAUGGAGCCUGGCUCUCAGAAACUGACACAGAUGUAACGCUGUCUGUGUAGCUGGAUUUAAGAAAUAAGUGCUUAAAGUUUUCAAAAGAUGUUUAGCGCCAUUUUUCUGUUAGUAUGGAACAUUCUGUACUGACAGAGGAUGGCGCCGGGCUCAAUAGUAUAAAUUAGCCUUUAUACAUUUAGUGUUUCAUUGUCUUAUAAUGUAAUAGUAAUCUGAUAUGUUUUUGUUAAAGCAGCAAGCAACAGAUUAGACAUGACAUUUACAGAAAUAUGACAAUUAGGCUAAAAACUUAAGGACAGGCGUAUGGAGGGUGUUAAAACUGUGUGUGAUGUGUAUGAGAAUUAGUGCUGUGUAAGUGUAAUUUCUAUCAAAGUGGAAGGAGGCUGCUCCUCUCUAUCAAAAUGCACAAAAACAGUAACUGAAAUAAAUGCACAGUCUCACUAUA